AUGUCUAUCAAGACAGUCUUCUUCUCAUUGCUGGCGUUGUCGGGAGCCGUUUCGGUGCCACAGACGGACUACGAUGUCAUUGUCGUUGGUGGAGGCCCCGCGGGUCUCAGCGCUCUGAGUGGUGUUUCUCGUGUCCGACGCAAUGCUCUGUUAUUUGACAACCAGCAGUAUCGAAAUGCGCCCACACGAGAGAUGCACGAUGUCAUUGGAAAUGAUGGCACUCCGCCUGCAACUUUCCGAGGUCUAGCUCGGGAACAGAUCUCAAAAUACGACACUGCUCAUUUCAAGAAUGAGACGGUAGAGUCUAUCGUCCCUCUUGACGGUGAUUUCUCCGUUUUCAACGUCACUGACGCGACCGGAGCGAGCUAUACCGCACGCAAGAUCGUACUCGGUACCGGUUUGCGGGACUUGCUUCCCUCGACGCCCGGCCUCCAGGAAGCAUUUGGCAAGGGAAUUUUCUGGUGUCCUUGGUGCGAUGGCUAUGAGCACCGUGACCAGCCCUUCGGCAUUGUCGCCGAUGUCGCGAGCGUGCUUGGUGCCGUUUUAGAGGUUCACACCCUGAACAGCGAUAUCAUUGCAUUCACCAACGGUACACGGACACCGGACGGCGAGGCUCGUGCCGCGGCAAAGUAUCCCGACUGGGAUAAGCAGCUGGAGGCUUGGAACGUCACCAUCGACAACCGUAUUAUCCAGUCAUUCGAGCGUCUUCAAGACGGCGGCACCCACCGUGACCAUGAUGAAGACAAGCAGUACGACAAGUUCCGCGUGCACUUCACCGAGGGCGAGCCAGUGGAGCGCAAUGCUUUCCUUGUUGACUACCCCACCGACCAGACCUCGACUCUCCCAGCUCAGAUGGGCCUUGAACUGGAAAACAGCAAGAUCAAGGUCACAAGUGCUAUGCGAACCAAUGAAACUGGUGUCUUUGCCAUUGGAGAUGCUAAUAGCGAUGGGUCGACCAACGUCCCUCAUGCUAUGUUCAGCGGCAAACGUGCUGCCGUUUACAUUCACGUUGAAAUGUCUCGCGAAGAGUCCAAGUCGAAGAUCUCCAAGCGCGAGGGAAUGAUCUCCCGUCGCGAACUCGAAGAGGAGGCCAACAACGCUAUUGGUGACAACCUCCAGCGAGAAUGGAAGCGCGCCCAGGGUCUGGAGUGA